AUGCCGUUGUUCAACGCCCCACGCGAAGGCCGAAGGGCCUCCAACAGUGGUACAGCAGGCAGUAGCAGCCUCAACCCCAGCAUGAAGCAGACGCAGCAGAGAACUUCCAGUAGAGGCGGGGCACCAGCAAACAAAGGCAGCAAGGCUCCGCGGAGUUUGUUGACAGUUGAGGCAGCCCAGAAGAUGGGCCGCUGGGGAGACAGGAGGAGGGACAGCACAACUAAAGCAGCUUCACCACAAGCAACCCUGGACGUUGUACGGGGCAAAAGUGUCUCUGGAGUUGUUGAAAAAGCCAGGAGCACUUCAUCUGUAGCAACGACGAAGGUUGCAGCAAAGGCACAAGAAAAGGAAGCAGCGACACAGAGAAAGCCAUCUAGUGACCGCAAACAGCAGGAGGCUCCUCGUGCUGCUGCUGAGCCCUCUUCCAAGUCGUCUUCGCUUAGAGCUGCAGAACAACAUGAAGUUCAUCCCAAAUCUGGGCCACAAAACGGGAAAGUAGCGCACGACAAUGGCGGCCAAUUGAAGAGCAAGACAGCCGUCUCGGCCUCCUCAGGAGCCCGAGAAGCUGCUCUUCAAAAGCUGGCAAAAGUAGAAAGAGCAGCAAAAAGAGAAGAAAGAGAAAAGCGGGUGAAGGAAGUGGUGGAGGAAAGGGACCCCCUCAAGGCAACAGACAUGCAGCCGCUGCUACUAGGUGAUAGAAGAAUAUCUGAGGCACAUCCAGAUGAGGAAACAGUGCAAAAACUCUGGAAAGUCGCUCCUGUACUUAAGAAAAAAGAUUACUUGCUGAAGUACACCCCGGAAAAGAGCAGGAAAUGGUCGCCCCCAAAAGUUUCUAUUCCAGAAGGCCAAAGCAAAGCUUUUAAAGAGAAAAAUAUGGAUUUUUUAUGCGAUAAGUGGAUUGAGCCUUAUCCCAAAUAUUCAGGUUCUGCGGUCCCCCCAAAAGCACCUGCUGCUGCUCCUGCAGUGGGCGCUGCAGAAGACGCAGCAGAAGCGGAGCUGCCUCCGUCGGAUUCUGAUGGGGUUGAACUACCUGAUCAAAUGAGGCUGAAUCGACUCAGUUCGAAAGAAGCAAUGGACACGACUCUGUUGGAAACGGCUUUCCGCGACUCCUGGAGCCAUAGACAGGCUCUGCAUUCUCCAGUGAAAGAAACAGAAGCCUUUAAGAAAGAGUCUGGAAUAGACCAAAUUGCAGACAAACUCAUCAGAAGCAGACAAUCACCCCCCAAAGGCCUUCUUCGAUUCGAAACCCUAGACGACGUAGGAUUUGUAGACCCAUACGCAUCCUCUGGAGGCCCUGAAGACCCUCUGCCGUACCGAAUCGAGAAGAAAAACGAACAGGCAGAACUCCUUGCUCUGCACCAUAUCACUAAGGCAGCAGAAGCUAUGAAGCAGCGUCUUCUUGACAGGCUUCCAUUUGCAGACAUUUCUUGGUCUCGACAACCUUCUUUUGAUGAGGGAAACGUUAAUGAAAUAUUCCAUUUAAAGGAAAUCAAGGACGCAAGUGGAGUUUUCGACGUAACAGAGUCUUCGCUGAACGCCCACGAACGCGUCCGACUCGCGGCUGGGAGGAUUUCGCAAUGCGUGCAAUCCGACGACACGAGCAAGAGAGAAGUUAACAGAAUGACUCGAGACAUCAAAGUGAUGUACAAAGCGGAAAGAGGGGAUGAGGCGGAUGGCCCAAACGUCCGUCGUUCCAGCAUUUGGGAAUCUUUUACGGGUUUUCCUCAAGCCUCCAGCAGCCCUGGAAGGGAGCGUGGGGCAGCAUCAGCAGGUGAAGAAGUAAUUUAUGCAGACCCUGAACGAGUCAAGAGGGUUUGGGCAGAGAGAUACUCUACAUGCUGCGACUUGCUAGAAGACGAAGACGAGCAGAGACUUCACCUUCUGCAUCAAAUCGUGCAUGAAGUGUUUGAACAGUUCGGCGGCAAAUGGAGCAGAAGGACCAAACAGGAUAGACACCAAUGUUUGGCGUGGAGCUUGGAGUUUAGCGAUUCGGGUUUGUUGUUGGAUGCGUUGAUGGUGUUUUACACGCAGCUGCCGCGGACUUCGUUGUUGCUGAAGUUGCUGCGGAAGCCCGAUGCGGCGGGCCUAUCCCGAGCCGUGCCAAACCCGCAGGCACUUGUGAACAAGUUUAUUAUGCAGCCUUGUGAGGUGGUGGAAUUGGCGCAUUCUUUGUUUAUUACCCUUGUGAUGGAACGGUUUUACCUAUUCGAUAUGCGAUUUGCCGAAAGCCCCAGACUGCUCAUAGAAGAAGCCACUGCAACAUCAGAGUGGUGUUUGGCUACGCGUGCGCUGAGUCGGAUGGGACGGAUUUCAAAUUAUCUGCUGGCAGUGAUGCUUGAGUCGAGAGUUCCUGGGCUGCUUCGUCUGUUGUUUCGCCUGAACGGCCUUCAGUUCUUUGAGUACAGAAUUAGUUAUAUGCUACACAUGCUGUCGUGGAGGGGCCAAGACAACUACGAGCCGCAGCUGGAGUUCGAAAGAAACACCGAAAAACUGAUCUCACAAUGCCGCAGAAUAGGCACUGCAGCCACAGCUCUCGCCUCUUCCGUAGGCACAUCCGCAAAAGAUGUUUCCUCCUCAUCCCCUUUUUCAUGCAAUUUAGUCCCCAAACUCACUCCAAAAGACAGAGCCUUUCUGCUCCGCCGAGCCCAGCAACAGCUGCGGACUCUCUUAAGUAAUGCGUCGUCCUGCAUAGCAAUGAAGUACAACGUUGAAGCCAUCUGCAAAUUGUUGCCAUUCACAAUUGAAUACACCGCGAACAUGGACAAGAAGGAAGACAUCUGCUUCAGGCUGUUCGACUCCUUUCUCACGAAAGCAUUCUUUUGCGUACUUGGAGAUCAAAAGGUCCCGACCACCCCCCAGGCCAUCAGUCUUGUCACAAGUUAUUUUGAGAUGCUAGCAGAGGUGCUCUAUGGACUGAGGUCCCCAGACUUGCUGCAGGUCAUAAACAAAGAAGAAGAAGAUAUUAGUGUGGAGCUGAGUGUGUGGAGUAACUUGCGAAGGUGCCUGCACAGAGGUUUGAAUUUAUAUUUGUGUCGAACAGUUUUAUGUUUUAUUGCGGACUUGAUGUACUUGAGCUGUCUAGACAGAGCGCCAUUGCUGCUUAGCGAAGCGCGGGAAAUGCAAGCAGUUUUGGACAGAAUUGUUAUUCCUGCUUUAAGAGAAGAAAAAGUACAACUCCUGACGAAUGUAACGCUCGACUUCUGCUGGAGAGCGGCAGUGUGCCUACGUGAAGUCUUCAAAAAAACAGCAGAAGAAACAGAUAUUGACCCCGACACACUGUUGCCUUUUACUUUGCCUCACCGCUGUGGCCUGCGAGCCGGGGGGCCCUGGCCUUCAUUGUGGCAAAGCGCUUGGGAGCCUUCGUACAUUCCCUGGACUUCAGACAUUACAUCUUCAGACGACUACAGAACGAAACACUCAACCCGCUCUCUCUCCUCACCGCGCGACGAAGCAGAAGCAGCAGUGGAUGGUGCUCCCUCAAUGAAACCAACAAAAACAACAACCAGCCCCCGACAAGCACCCCACAACAGCGGACUUAACAAGGAAACAGAAGAGAGAACAGCGGCUCAUUCCGCUUGGAACUCAGCAGACACAGGACAGCGCCCGAAGAAAGUUUUGUUUGCCUCCGAGGAAGCCGCAGAAACCUUUGGAACCGGACGUUUCUGCAGGGCUGCGCAGGAAUUAGAUAAGAUACACAAAUUCCAGCUGCAGCAGCAGCAGGAGCAGGAGCAGCGACAGCAGCAACAGCAGCAAACGGAGACUGUGCCCUUGUACAAACAGUGGAAAUGCCCUGUAAUUCCCUGUUGGCUGCCUGGCUGUAAAUCCAUCAUUUUCCAGGGACAGGAAACGGGGCCCGCUUUAGAAAACAUGCACUAUUGUCAAGAGUGCCACAUCGCCUCGUACUGCAGCGAAAGAUGCCGGCAGGUGCACUUGAGACUUGGGCAUUCGGAGGUUUGCCCAUAUUUCAAGAGGCCGCCAACAUUUCUCCGUUUUCACAUGUUGAAAAACCAAAUUCCGCGGCAAAUGAAGUACCCGAUACUAAAUGUUUUCUACGGCCUGUGCGAUAUCAACUUUAUGCUGAAAGUACAUCGGGAGGACUUCCAACCAGUUUUCUAG